AUGGCAAAAUCCACCGGUCACAAGCCCGCUACGGCACCACACGCCGAAGAUGGCGAGGGCAAGCAAUCAACCGUGUAUCAUUGGAUCAUGACCCCGAUCAACUUCGUCACCUUCCUGGUGUCGCUCUACCUGGUCGACUAUCACUACCAGUCGCGGCGGGAGCACUUCCAUGAGGCCGGGACGCUGCAGUCGAGCGGCCUGCCGGGCUGGCUGCACGGCCUCGUCUACCGGCCGCAACCGUACGUCUGGGUCGGCGGCGGGCCGGCGCCGCCGGGCCAGGACGAGACGCGCUGGUACUAUCACACGAAGCAGCGCAAGCUGAUGAAGAUGGAGGCGUCGGACGCCUUUGAGAUCCGGAAGUCGGUCAUGUUUGCGCUCGUGCUGCUGGGCACUAUCACAGUCUGGGUAUUAUGGCACGUCUCCAUUGCGCUGCUGGCCUGGUGUAUGCGAGAAUGGAGUUAA